AUGCUAUGGCUCGGCUCUUUCAAUCUUGACGGAAAGGUUUAUAGCUGCAAGCACUGUCAGACUCAUCUCGCUCUCUGCGAAGAAAUCGUCUCCAAAUUUGUACAUGAUCUGAUGAUUGACAGUGUCAAUGUAACAAUGGGAUUGAAGGAAGAUCGAAUGAUGAUGACUGGCAUGCAUACUGUUUCUGACAUCUUCUGUGUUGGUUGUGGCUCCAUUGUUGGUUGGAAAUAUGAAGCUGCUCAUGAGAAGAGCCAAAAGUACAAAGAAGGAAAGUUUAUCCUUGAAAGGUAUAUGGUAGCAGGCCCUGAUGGAAGCCAGUACUUAGCAAAUCUAGAUUCUCAUGUUGGAGGAAGCGAUGCAGAUGAUGCAUAAUUUGGUCAGUAAUUGAAUUGUUGCAGUCUCUUACUUUUAUUCGACCGUUUAUUAUGGUUCUGGAUAUUGUUUUUAGCUCUUAGGAAGCUGAGCAUACUAAACAAUAUGAUGGGUUGUGAUGUUAUGGUUAUCUACUUUAGCUGUAUACAUUUCCUUCAGGUUGAACGCUAGCUAGCUAGCUGAAUUAACAGAUAUUCUACUAAAUCUCAUUCAUUAAAGUUUGAUCUGAUCCUAA